AUGCUGCAGCAGGGGGGCCCCGGCUCAUCAUCAUCGCCUUCGAAGAGGCGGAAGCAGCAGCAGCAGCAGCAACAGCAACAGCAGCAACUGCAGCAACAGCAGCAGAAGCAGCAGCAGCAGCAACAGCGCACAUCUCUGCGAGCAGCAAAACUCCGGAGGCCUCUUAGGGGUGUGACAUCCCCAUCUCGCCCCCCGACCCUAGCAGCAGCAGCAGCAGCAGCAGCAGCACCUGUAGCUGCAACAGCAGCAGCAGCAGCGCCACUAGCAGCACAAGUAGCAGCUGUAACAGCAGCAGCAGCAGCAGCAGCAGCGAACUGCUCCACAGAAACACGUCCCCGUCUAGCUGCUGCCUCCCUGGUGUCUGUACACCAGACUGCUGCAGCAAAGAAACGCAAAACGGCUGCAUGCAGCAGCAAAGAGGAUUUAUCUGCAGCAGAAGACAGAACAAGUAUACGCCCCCGCAGCGCCACGCAGCAGCAGCAGCAGCAGCAGCAGCAGAAGCAACCAAAGUAUAAGUUGCAACAGCAGUACCUGCAGCAGCAGCGGAAGAAGCAGCAGCAGAGGCAGCACCAGCAGCAGCAGCGGCACCCCCAUGCAGCACCCGUACGGUCAGCAUGCAAGGAGGCCUCUAAGGGGCCCCCCCGCGGUGCCCCCAUAGCAACCGCCUCACGGGGGGCCCCCAAGGAGGCCCCCAUGGGGGCCCCCCGUGAGGGUACCUCCCUUGGGGGCCCCCCGUAUUUAGAGAUUUUAAAGGCAGCAAAGCCUGGGAUUGCUGACGAGGUGGUGCUGCAGCAAGAGCAGCAAGGCCCAGCAGCAGCAGCAGCAGCAGCAGCAGCAGCAGCAGAAGUAGCAGUAACAUUGGCAGAAGUAGCAGAUGCAGCAGCAGAGGGAUGUUUGAUGUCUUCCCCUCCAUCACCACUUCUUAGCGAAGACGCAGACAGGCCAGCAGCAGCAGCAGCAGAAGCAGCAGCAGCAGAAGCAGCAGCAGCAGCAGCAGGGGAAGGGCCUAUUUAUGCGGAGGAGGAGACACUAGCAGAUUGUCUCCUCUGUGCAUGCAUUGACCCUCUAACAGACCAACCAGCAGCAGCAGCAGCAGCAACAGCAACAGCAGCAGCACCACCACCAUCAUUCCCAGCAGCAACAGACGCCUUAUGCAGCAGCAGCAGCACCACCACCACUACCGCUGCAAACAGCAACAGCAGCAGCAACAGCAGCAGCAGCAAGUGCAGCAGGUCUAUGAGCUGUCUCCCUAGUCUAGAGGAUAUUCAUACAGGUCUAACUCCUUCUCCUUCUCAGCAGCACAUUGGGGGGCCCCCCUUGGGCCCCACAGAGGGGCCCCUAGGGGUCCCCAACUCCUACUGGGCCUCUCAAGGCAGCAGCAGCAGCAGCAGCAGCAGAGUUUGUGGAGAAGCAAACGCUGCGUUGCUGCAGCAGCAGCUGCUGCUGCUGCUGCUGGUGCAACCCCACAGAAGACAAGGGCCCCCCCAAAGGGGAGAGGAGGCCCUCAUACACCUCCUACCAGCAGCAGCAGCAGCAGCAGCAGCAGGAAAUGCAAAGCCAGGAGGCAAAGUAGCACGGGGACCUCUACAGCGACGCCAACAAAGAGGAAUAGAGUUGCUGCUGCUCCCUGCAGCAGCAGCAUUGGCAGCAGCAGCAGCAGCAGCAAGAGCAGCUCUCGCAUACGAGGUAAAGCAGCAGCAGCAGCAGCAGCAGAGGCAGCAGCCGCAGAGGCAGCAGCAGCAGCUAUCCGCAGCGCUACAACAUCUGCACGUAAACAGAGACGACUGCAGCAGCAGCAGCAGCAGCAGCACGCAGAACUUGAGCGUUUGCUGCUAA